GGAACUAUCGUGCAUACAACCACGCCAUAGCGGCUGCACUAGGAUGAAAUCAUUACGCGAAAGCCCCGCCUUGCCACGAAACUUAUUGCAUCCGGCCUGCUCGAGAAGACGGGUGCGCCCAUUUCAAUCAAAUGGCUUCAACAAUUGCAAACUCCAUAGCUCUCGUGCCGCGUUACAUGGCUUGGAGCUGGAGCUUGGGCUUGAGUCUCUCAAGCCUGCCAUUAUCCUUGUGGAACCACAUUUCGGCGAGAACAUCGGUUCCGCUGCUCGCGCCAUGAAGAACUUCGGUCUUACGGACCUCCGGCUUGUCAGCCCACGCGAUGGCUGGCCCAAUCCCUUAGCCGACGUCACCGCCUCUCAUGCCGUUGACGUGCUGCGGUCGGCUCGGGUGUACGACAACGUUGAGGACGCUGUGGCAGACCUGGACAGAGUCUACGCUGCCACGGCGCGCACAAGGUUCAUGACGAAGCCCUUCGUCACCAGCCGCCAGCUGCCCGGAGACCUGCUGCACCUCGCGGCCACCGUAGCAGCAGCAGCGGCGGCAGCACCGACAGCGGCAGCCCCGACAGCAGCCUCGGCAUCAGCAGCAGCAGCCCCGUUAACCGAAGAAGCAACACCGCAGGACUCAUGGACGUCACCACCGUACGGCGGCUCCCAAUCCCCUGCUGCCGUCGCUCCAUCACCUCAUCGCCCGCAACCCCCGCAACUUCACCCGCCGCCACUGCUGCCAAGGCAACUGCAACAGCCGCCCGCAGCAGCUCCUCUGCUGCCCACAACCUCACAGCCGCCACUCCAGCCUGCUACCCCGCCUCCACCUCCUCCACCGCCUCUUUCACACCUGCUCCACCCGGAACCCCCCGCCCGCCCCCAGCCAGCCUCCUCAGCAACCCCACCACCGCCGCCCUCAUCUCCACCCUCCUCUCUCCCUCAUCCCCACCACCCACCCCCGCCUCCUUCACCACCUUCCCCAUCCCCAUCCUCCCUCCCACCGCUACUCCAUGCAGCCCCUCCCCAUGCAUCUCUCCCUCAUGCGCCUCAUGCAUCCAUCCCUCCUCCUCCUCCUCCUCCUCCUCCUCCUCCUCCUCCUCCUCCCCCACCCCGCGCUGGUCUGCUGUUCGGUCGCGAGAGCAGCGGCCUCACCAACGCCGAGGUGGCCCGCGCCACCAAGCUGCUCACACUGCCCGCGCACCCGGACUACCCCGUACUCAACCUGGCGCAGGCGGUGGGUUGUACGGCGUACGAGCUGUUCCAGGUGCGGAGCGAGCUGGAGGCGGAGGCGGCAGUGGCGGGGCCGGUGCAGGGGGCGGAGGCGGAGGCGGCGGCAGCGUCCUUAGCACAGACGAUGAGCAGCAGCAGCCCUAGCAGC